AUGGAGAACGAAGAGGCACCUUCUCAUGAUGCAUUUGAAUCCGAUACUAGCCCCUGUUCACCAAAUUCUCAUUGCACCUUAUAUCGACUCCCUGCUUUAACAGAACCAUUUCGAGCGCAAAAAAAGAUCCACCGUCAAAAUCCCGACCCGUAUCCUAAAUCACAUGGCUAUGUUGCUGGAUUUCUCAAAAAUCGUCAGCAGAUACGAGAGCGCCAAAGAAAGUUUCAACCGGCUUUGUCAUCUGAGUUAGGUUUAGGUGAUACUUGGGAAGUUAAUCAGAACCUAAUAGCUUCAUUGAGAAGUGAAAACCACUAUUUGAAGAGUCAACUCAAAGAAUGUCAAGGAGAGUUAAAGACUGUGCAAAGACAAUGCAAAGUGCAAAAUGCCAGACUCACGAAGGCAGUCGGCAAGGAAUCAGAAAGGCCCGAACUCAUCAAUAGAUUGAAUGACGAGAUUCGUGCCCUUCAAUUUCAUUUAAAUCGCCAACGUGAAGCCACCGCAGUAGCAGAAAAAAGAGCUACUGAUGCUGAAAUGCGCCUUCGUGAAAGGCGAGAAGUUGGUGAUGCACCAGGAGAUUCUGAAAAUUUUCGCAAGUUAGCUAGAAAGCAAACUAAGGCUAAUGAAGUACUCAAAAAUGAACUGGAAAUUGAGAGGCGAAAAUCGAAGGAUUUGCAGAGAAAAGUAGACGCGAUGGAGCGGAAGCUCAGAACUGAACAAAACUUAGCCAACGAACAGAUUCGAAAGUUGCGCAAAAGUUGUACCGACCUUCAGACCAAACUGGAAAAGACUGAAAGAAAUCUACAGGAGAAAACUAAAUUGCUUGAAUUACAGAAUAUCUACACUCAGCGAAUACCAAAGGCCGAACUAAUGAAAAAUACAGAGAUGAAUCUUCUACGAGAAACAAAUCGCUAUAUAGAUGAGGCCAUCAAUUCCGUUACAACCAGUUACCGUCGAGCAAACCGCAGCCAAUCACCACCCACACGCAAAUCGAGAUCCAAUAAGCUUUCAGAAAGGAGUCAAAGUAAAUCACAAGAUGCAACAUGCACAAAUUCUAACAUGAUGGCAACAAUGGAUACUGAUCAUUUUACAUCUCCGAAUGGUAACGACGAUUUAGGAGAUAAUGAGAAAUUGGAGCGCACUGAAUUUUCCACGUCAAUGGAUAGUAAGAACGAUCGACGAAGCCAAAGUCUCGAGUCAUCCUUUGAUAGAAAUUCGAGUCCAACCGAAUCAGAUGGCGGGAAUGCCGGAGAAAACUCUGAACAAGAGCUAACAACACAGUCUGAGUCUUCUAAGGAAGGCGACGUGACCGUUGAUGACAAAGAAAUUGAAGAUUAUGGUGAAAAUAUUGAUUGUGAGGAUGAAACAAUUGAGUCCGCUUCAUCUACGAAAAUUCCUACGCUCAUUGAUGAAAUCACCAUAGAUACGACACUAGCCGAAGUUACUAACCUCCAAGCUCAGAUGGAACGAAUGAUAUUGCAACAUGAAUCGCUACCAAAUAAUGGAGACAGUCCUACAAAUUUAGAAGAGAUUUUGCUCGAGGAUGAGAAGCUAUUAUCCACACUGAAUAAUUCAGGACCAACAGAGGAAGCGGUAACUAGUCAAAAGGAUGAAUUACUGUGGAAUAUCUUUGGGAAGAAGGACUUAGACCAGAUUGCUUAA